GAAAUCGUUUAUCGGUGAUCGCGGAUUUAAUCUAAUCGCCAGCUUGACACUGAGACUAGCUGAAAAGAUUGUUAUAGCCUGAAAAAAAUGGAUCAUAUUAAAAGAAAGAGGAAGAAGACAGGUGGUGAAAAGAAAGUGCUGCUAUCCAUCGUCAAUCCUUGGGACGUGAAGGUAGCCAGUGUUGAUCCGAUCGGACUGGCUGAACGACGGGGCGUCUCCCUGUGUGUCUUACCAUCACCUUCUAAUCAAGACGAGAGUACCAAUCAGGAGUGGUCGACCUUAGGCAGGGCCCUCAAGACACCGUCACCCUGGUACAAACCUGGUACUGGUUCCACCGAUCACGUCAACUCCGUUAAACCCGAGGAAUCGACGUUAAUCGAUCCCAUCUGGUUGGAUCCUUGGUCUUCACCAGGAAGGUCGCCCGUCAAUAAGAUUCACGAUUCUUUAUCGCCGAAUUCAUCUAAGGAAAGAUUACGAGGUAGCAGACAAAGAACCGGCGAGACAAGGCACGACGAGGCGGGUGAGGUCGACAAUGAAUUAAUCAAGGCUCCGCAGGAAAUUAGUCGCGGCGGUUUCGAUGAUGUGGAUGGUACAGCGACGGUGCGAGUGCGUUUCGAGAUCGACGGAGCGAAGCCGAAGCGGAAUGGAGUGCGAUGUGAGAACGAAUGGGAUGUCGAUGAUCCACCGCGAGUGUUGAAGAAAAAUCAGAGUGCGAACGAUAAUUUGAGGCCCGAACGACGCGAACGGCGACCGAUCGCGAAACAAAAUUGCACAAGCGAAGUGAAUACGGAGAAGAGACAAGAGAGCUCUUCGCGGCAAACGGAUCGUGAUGUGAAAGUCGGUAAAGACGAGAAAAAUGCGAAUGACGAACUGGACUAUUCUCGGAUAAGCGGAGAGAACCCAGCGAUUGUUGACAUCGUUCAGCAUUUGGUGGAAUCCAGGUACAAUCCACAAACCGCAACGGAGAAGAGAAUAAAAAGGAUGCCAUCAUGUCGUCGUCAAGAAACUUCGAAGGAGAUAGAUCUAGUGGAUUCUCCAGGCAAACCGAGCGAUAAUGCCAACGUUGUUGUUAAUGCAGCCCAGAAAGAGAAUAAUCAAGAAACCUCCAACGAGACGACGACGGUGAAAGUAUUACCGGAAGUGACAGUACUACGCACUACGAAUAUAAGAAAGACAAGCAUAUCCAUGCCCAGCAAACUCAACGAAAUGGACGAUCUUCGAAUAGACAGACAAAACGGUACCGCUUCGAAAUUUACGAGAGACGAGAGCGAGACCAGCAGCAGCGUGACUUUCAGUAACAGUGGCUCAACCCCGAAUGGAAGUCCUCUGGGAUCCGAAACUGAAGAGGAAGCAAAUGAUGAAGAAUUGGCUAAAGUACCACUGCAAGCUCCACCGCGAAGGAAAGGCAGAAUUGUAUCAUCCUCGGUCAAUGAAAAAAUGGCAAACGACACCACGGAACUUUCGGGUGUGCAAAGCGCGACUUCCACGAUAACCAGCGUGAAUAGUAUUAGCAGUCUUUUAAAGGAGAAAUUGCAAUUAUCGUUACCACAAGCAUUGCGUAACAGUGCAAGACGUCAGAAUGCUGAUUAUAGGCUUAAAGCAUUUGUUGGUAUCUUGUUCCUCUGCAUCGUUUUCCUUGUCGGCUUCGCUCACAUUUAUUACACUCAGCAUGUUCUACAACGAGCUUAUUUUGAGAAAUUUAGAUUCAAUAAAAACGAAAGAGUGAUGAGAGUCUACAGCAGUUCCGGAGCGGAAAUCAUUGCUGCGCGACUUGGUGAGGGUAUUCCACCAAACACAGGGGUGUAUCCUUGCCUUCCUCAUCAUCAACGACAAGACUCGGUCUGCCUUGAGUGGUUACAGCAAACGCGGCUUUACCUCGCGCACACGAAACGCGAGGGUAUGUACUGCUACCACGUCACCUGGCAAAGUCUAAGUCCUUACUACAAUCCCAAGGACUGCUUCGACUGGUCUUCGAAGAGAGGCCAUUGGUAUGGCGCCGGACAGAUACAGAACAUGGUGUAUCCUCUGGAACGCGGCCGCCUAGAGCUGAGCCCAUUUAUCACGGGCGACGUAAGGAAACACCCGUUUGGCAACGUGCUGAAAAGAUACUUCCUGAAUUCAAAGGGUGCUACAAUCUUGGUGGAUCCCGAAACACCGCUUUAUGUCUCAAUCAACGCUAAUCGUACCAACGACUUUUGCCUUCAGGCGAAACAUGACGCCUUUGCUUAUAUUAAUCAUUUGACGCCGCUACCUCAGCUUAACUACACUAUCUGCGCGACCGACAACAUGAAGAGUUUGCACUCCUCAAUGGCGGAGAAGUCUCUGUGGGACGGUUUGAAGCCCGAUGAACUGCACGCCGUUCAUUCUCUGCUGUCCGAACCAGUUUGGCAAAUCUCGCCCAUCAAUGAGGCGGCCAUUUACAACUAUACAGAAGAUGUGAUCGCGCUGGGAUUCCUUCGUCAAGGGCAUGUCCUAUUGAGUGAGGAAUGGCAACCCAAUCCAGGUGAUUUCGUCUUAGACGAGGAACGAUUCCCUUCUAUGGAGGAAACUAUCAAUAUUAUUCAUCGCAGAGGAUUUAGAAUAGUCUUCAGCAUCCAGCCGUUUAUCUCUACAGAAUCCAUCAACUUCAAGGACGCUGUCGCUAAUAGAUUACUGAUCUCCGAAAGAGGAAGCGAUCCUAGGAUUCCAGCGUUGACAAGGUACAAGCAAAGUAACAGCGCCGGCGUGCUCGACAUUACAAACAACAAGACCUUACCGUGGCUACAGACUAAGCUCGAGAGCCUCAUCAUGAAAUACCAUGUCGACUCGUUUUACCUCGAUUUGGGCACUGCCCAAGAUAUGCCGCAUUAUUACAAAUGCGAGCAGCCUCUCACGAAUCCUGACCAUUACAAGACUAUCUUUACCCGUUCGAUAUUAGGCACCAUACCCGUAAUCGGCGUUUCAAGCGCCAUUUCCAGACCACGGGCACCUGUCUUCGUGUCUCUGCCUCCCUUCCCGUCGUCCUGGAAGGCCAUCAAGACCGUCAUCCCCACCGUUCUCAGUUACGGCAUGAUCGGCUAUCCGUUCAUCAUGCCAGGAGCGGUAGGCGGCGAUGUGGCACUCCCGAUGUCAGACAACAAUCCAGAUAAUGACUACGAAGUAGAUUUGCCAGAUAAAGAACUUUACAUCCGUUGGCUGCAGCUGUCCACCUUUUUGCCCGUGAUCCGCUUCACUUAUCUACCAAGCAAGUACUCAGAUGAGUCGGUCCUGGAAAUCGCCAAGAGACUGACUACUUUGCGGCAGAAAACGGUUACGCCAUUACUGAAGAAGUACGCGAAUGAGACUCUGGACACCGGUUUGCCUAUUAUCAGGCCACUUUGGAUGCUGGAUCCGGCCGAUCCGGCAUGCCACGUAGUGGUCGAUGAAUUUUCCGUAGGCGAAGAAUUGAUCGUGGCGCCAGUGCUUUAUUCCGGUAGCAGGCAGAGGGAGGUAUAUUUGCCGGCUGGAGUCUGGAGGGACGGUAUCGACGGAAGCCUAAGGAAGGGCUCAAGAUGGAUUCAUAAUUACAGAGUAGCUGAGGAUAAGAUCGCAUAUUUCGUCAAAAUGCCAGACAAUACGAGAUUCUGAAAGAUACGAUGUCACUUCACCUUUUUACAUCUGAUGCGAUGCAGGAUAAUAUUGUCAAAGAAUUUUGAGAUCGAUGACAAGGUUUGCUCGUAUACAAAAUGAAUCAUCACGACGAACGAUUUGCCAGUAUGAUGAAUACUGAACGCGCUUAUCUACAAAUUUUUAUCGAUUGUCUCGAUUCUUUAUUAAAUGUACAAGAUGAACUUGUUCCUCGGCAAGUCCCGAAAGUGCAAAAAAAUAAUCGUGCAUUAACAAACAUAUAUCAUUGCAUUUAAAACGACAAGAAUUUUGCAAAUGCGAUGAUGUAUUAAAUAAAUGUAUUUACAAAUUGCGAUUAUAUUAAAUAGAUAUGAAAUCAAUAUCGUGAUCUUUGGCAGAGUGCAACAGGAUUGUUAUGUAGGGAUAAAUACUUAACGACAUGUAAAGCCAUGAGAGAUUUACACGUACAUUAGUUGAGAAUGCAAUAUUUAACAAAAAUAUAUUGAAAAGAUUUGAUAAUAAAAGUAUCCAAUGUUACUGUAUUCUAUAGAUAUGAGAUUAUUGUAUCAACAUUAGUAUUAUAUUAUUACAAUGCAUAUCAUAGACCAAAUAUCGAUACACAUUAAAAAAAACAAGAAUCAAUUGUAGAUUUAACUUAAGCUGUCAAUUAUAU